AUGUCGCUCUUACUCAUGAUACCAGCUGAGAUUAGGCUCGCCAUUUUCCGCUGGACCAUCUGUUCCGUGAACACACCGCCGUCACACCCUGCAGAAGAACAGCCAAUCCGUCGAAAUUUGAAGCUUACGGUCGGUUUCACUAAUCCGAAAAUUAAGCACCUUAGGCCUCCUAACCAUACUCUGCCGCUGCUUCUGGUGAACAGGCAGGUCUACGAGGAAGUCAAGGCCAUAUCCUGCCGCCUGUCCACAGACUACUAUGUCGACAUCAUGGUUGUCAAGAAGUCUGGGCUCUGGCCUACUUGGUCAAUUCCUGUCCUUCCUCAGACACAGUACAUCGACUCCAUCAACUGCACGCUUCGCAUCUUUGACCCCGUGCCCCCCAAGCCGUUGGAUGGUGCUCCCGGGCCCCAAUCCUUGUCCGAGAUUCAACUUGGCCAUGUCAAAAAGCUUGUCAUCGACAUUCUGGCACCUGUAGAGACGUCAACUAAUGAAAGCAUGGUAGUUGGUGACGGCCACGACAAGGCAGCCAGAAAACUUCUGGAAAACCACCCGGACCAUGACAAUGCGUCUAUUACGCCAGAGGAAUCUCUAGCGAGAUGCUUAUGUGAAUUUUUCGACAAAAUGUUGUCCUUCGGUCCCGAUGGUGAUAAAAUGGGUCGGUUCAUCUAUGAGCAAGUGGUAGAUAAUAUCGCUUUCACAGUGAACGGCAAAGAUUUCAGAGCGUUUGAGCUUGAAAGUCGGUUGAGAGAAGAGAAAGCCAAGUGGAGAUAUGAGACAGCUAGCUACAACGGAGGGGGUAAGAGACUUUCUGAGAAAUGGAUCCUGUGGGUGGAUAAGAGACGACAGAGGAUGAGAGAAGGACACAAGAUAGACUUCGAUCAAAGACCCUAUUCUGGCUUCUCGUUGUGA